AUGACGGCAAUGCAAACAGAAGACGUGGACGAUUUUUCUUUCCUCAUAAGCCAACUUCAAGAGCUUCGUAACUGCAUCGAUAUAAUUUGGAGUAAUACCUAUGAAGCCGUUAACAAACACGGAGCUGGUGGGGGACAUAGUAACGCAAUCCGAGGAAAAAUACCUAGAGAAUCUGCUGACUAUCAAAAAGAAGCGAUAAAAGCUGCCCACGUUGAAUUCAAUGAAAUAAUGAAUCAAGUGUAUAUGGUAGUGCAAGACGCGAAAUACACACUCCAUCAAGAAUAUCUACUAGAAAAACAGAAAGAAGCAGGUGCUGCAUCGUCCUCAACAAUGACAGGAAUCGAAAUUGCAUCCGACUCGGCGGCAAAUCAAGAACUCGCCAAAGCAAAACAACGAAAGAAAUUUCAAGAACUCAGAAAAGCAUUGGGUAUUAUUCAAGGUAAUGCUAAGGAUGAUGAACUUCAAGAAAUGAAGGCGGAAAAAGGUAAAAGUUUUGCUGCUGCUGCUACUUCUUCCUCAUCGUCGGUGUCAAUGAAAAUCGACGAUCCGGAGAUUAUCAAGAUAGAGUGA